AUGGCUGACACUGGCCGCCAGACGCCGCGCUCGCCUCAGCGCUCCAAGGUGAUGCGGUCGCAAAAGAUCCAGCAGCUGGCCUCGCCCGCCGAGGACGAGGCCUCCACGUUUGACGACAGCCACCACCAAGGCCACGGCAACGGUGGUGGUAGCAGCGCCCGACGACGACGUGAACAGCGCGACCGUGCCAACAGCACGACCAGCACGUCAAGCGCCAACACGACCGCACCCCCCACCGCCGCGAUCCCAGUUCCGCCCAUUCAGCGCAGCCACACGCCCGGCCACCUGUCCACCAAGAGCCAGGACCGCCGGCGCAAGCCCACCGAGCUGUCCAUCCGCCAGCGGUCGCAGUCGUCCAGCUCGCUGUCUGCGGCGGCCACCGCCGCUGCUGCCGCCUCGGCGUCGUCAGCAGCGCCCGUGCCGUCGUCCAACGCAGACUCGCCCACCACGUUCCACCUCUCCGUUUCCAACUCCAAGGCGCUCGGCCGGGCCGGCGGCGGUGCCGGGCCACUCACAACCUCUGCGUCCACACCAUCGGCACGGUCACCCUAUCGCGGCGGCACCGGUAACGGGACCGGCAACAGCGACGUGCACUCCACCGGCGGCGGUAGCGGCAGUGGCAGCGACUCCCAACCCGCGGCCGAGGGGAAUGGCCGCCGCAGACCAUCGGCUAUGCGGUCAACGUCGGCCAUUGCCAGCAAACCGAGUGUGUAUGGCAAUGUUGCGGGGGGCGGGUCGUCAAGCACAGUACGCUCGGGCGGCGGCGGAGGCGGCGGUGGCGGCGGCGGCAGUUCGUCGUCACGCGCUACACCAGCAAGCACAACGAGCGGUGGCGGCCGUGGGAUUGGAGGCGGUGGCGGCGGGAACACCAGCGACCGACUGUCCAAAGGACGGCCCGCCGGCUACACGGCAUUUCCGCCCUUGGCUGACCCAAGCACAGCGCCCGACGUGCUGCCCGCGCCCUCGUCGGGCAUGUACUGGACACGGGCGCCCGUGUCUGGUGUGCGGCAUCCCAAGCUGCGUGCGCACACGGCGACGCUGAUUGGCUCCAACAUCUACGUCUUUGGAGGCUGCGACGCGCGCGCGUGUUUCAACGACCUGUACGUCUUUGACGCCGACUCGUUCCACUGGACCAAGCCGCACGUCGUCGGUGAUAUCCCGCUUCCACUGCGCGCCAUGACGUGCACGGCCGUCGGCAAGAAACUCGUCGUCUUUGGCGGUGGCGACGGCCCCCUGUACUACAACGACGUCUACGUGCUCGACACCACCAACUUCCGCUGGUCGCGCCCGCGCAUCUCGACCGACCGCCCGCUUCCCUCCAAGCGCCGCGCACACACGGCCUGUCUCUACAAAAACGGCAUCUACGUGUUUGGCGGCGGCGACGGCAUCCGCGCGCUGAACGACGUGUGGCGCCUCGAUGUCAGCGACACGACCAAGAUGGUGUGGAAGCAAAUCAGCGGCACGCCCGACACGGACUCUCCAGACGUGGACGGCGACGGCGGCUCUGCUGCCGAAGGCGGUCCCUCGUCUGCUGCAGGUACGGCCUCGGCGGCGGCUGCGACGGCGGCCAAGGACGCGGGAAAGGCUACCGGCCUCGGCGUGACUGGCGCUGGUCUCGCGGCCGGAUCGUCCACGGCCGCGUCCACGGCCACGAGCAGCAAAAACGGCGCGGCGAACCCUGCGCCGUCCACGGCACUCUUUAGCAGCAAGGAGGACCCGGCUGGGGCGGCGUUCCUCAACCAGCCGCACCUGCUGAACCAGGCGCGUCCCAAAGCCCGCGGCUACCACACGGCCAACAUGGUGGGCACCAAGCUCAUCAUCUUCGGGGGCUCGGACGGCGGCGAGUGCUUCAACGAUGUGUGGGUGUACGACGUCGAGACGCACCUGUGGCGCGCCGUGUCGAUCCCCGUGACGCACCGGCGGCUGUCGCACACGGCCACGAUUGUCGGGUCGUACCUGUUUGUGGUGGGCGGGCACGACGGCGCCGAGUACUCCAACGACGUGCUGCUGCUCAACCUUGUGACCAUGACGUGGGACCGGCGCAAGGUGUACGGCCUGCCGCCGAGCGGCCGUGGGUACCACAGUACGGUGCUCUACGACAGCCGGCUCCUCAUGAUUGGCGGCUUCGACGGCGGCGAGGUCUUUGACGACGUGUGGACUCUGGAGCUGGCCGUGCACGCCUACUACUCGCAAAUCAGCCACUUUACGAUUGAGGUGUAA